CCCAAGUGGAUCUGCCGCCAGAUAUUUCUUAUGCCUUUCCAGAGAUGCGUCCCAUCACGAAUAAGGAAAACUCUUUGUGCUACUAUACUAUGGUACAGGCAUCCUUAGAAUACGGUUGUAUAAAUCUAUUUUUCUUGAUCCCAUGUUUUUCCGUGGAGGUUAUUCUUGGCGAAUGUGAGAUGUCGUCAACCAACAGGCUGGAAUUCUUGCAAACGAGGGGCGGCACCACCUUCACCAGAGAACCAACGAUACAAUCGAGUAUUGCAACGAGAAGCAUGUUCCAGCGGCAUGUUUAUGCGACCCUACAGCGAGUGCACAUCUGCAAAGCCACUAGCAAAUGUCAAGCUCGAGUCCCCUCUGGCCUUUUGAAGGUAUCCGGGCGCCGCCUGACUGGCUUGGCGCCCCUGAGCAGGAUGACUUCAAAGCACGCCACAGCGAUGCCUCUCCUCCUCGCAGUGAGAAAUGAUAAUACCGUUGAGGAAAUAUCAGAAGACGAUCUCUAUAGAUACAGAAGACACCGCUGGACAAUAAAUGAAUCUUCCCGAUUGGAGGAAAGGUACCUCAAAUUCAAUCUUCAAGCACUAUUAGAGGUCGCGGUUGCAGCAUGCUCUAGCAAUGGUGCCCGUCGUUGUACCAAGGUCUUGAAGUGUAAAGAGGGAAUGAACAACAAAGCAUAUGUUCUCACAAUGGAUAAUGGCUCUGAAGUGUUAGCAAAACUCCCAAAUCCAUGUGCUGGGCCCUCCUUCUACACAAUAGCAUCUGAAGUUGCCACCCGCACCUUUCUACGUGAUGCUUUGAGUAUUUCAAUUCCUCGCAUAAUCACGUGGUCUGCUAAUCGAAGCAAUCCUGUUGGGGCAGAAUAUAUCAUCGAAGAGAAGGCUGUAGGGGAGCCUCUUGGAAGCCUCUGGAAAUCUUUAGACACAUUGCCCAUGAGCGACCGAAUGGCUAUUGUGGACGAGAUUCUCGAUAUCGAGAAGAGACUUUUGUCAAUAAAGUUUGCUAAGUCUGGUUGCAUCUAUUUCAGAAACGAUAUUCCAAACAGCGAACCUCUUCAGACUUCCACACCAUUAUCAUCUCAGAUACUGAACCGAUUCACAAUGGGACCACUUGUAUCGAAUGAAUUCUGGAGUGGGCAAAAGUCAGAGAUAGAUCUCAAUCGCGGACCAUAUGGAAGUCCCGAGAAAUUUAUCGAAGCUACUGCACGCAAUACAAGAAAAUUCAUAGAAGAAUACGCUCUUCCUCGCAUGAACUAUCAUCGUUCGCUUACAGAGCAGGAGAUGCCCCACGAAAUGCUUGAUCUUUUAGAGCGUUAUCUACAGUUGGCUCCAGCCAUGGUGCCUCCUCAACCGUCCGAAGACCUCGAUAUCCACGCACCAACACUUUGGCACCCAGACCUCCAUCCUAACAACAUUUUUAUCAAUCCUGAAUCAAAGAAAAUAUCACACAUAAUUGAUUGGCAAUCCACAUCGAGUCUCCCACUGUUCUACCACUCUCACGUCUCAACCGUAAUCAAGCACCAUGGCCCUACACUUACUGUGCUAGACGACCUGAAUUCCUGGACUGAGCCCCCACAGAAUUACAACAGUAUGGCCCCGGAUGAGAAGACAUACAUCGACAACGCGAUCGGCAGUGAAUUUCUUCACAAAUACUACUUAUCUUCCACACGAGUGAAGAACCCCACCCGAUGGGCCGUCCUACAAAGAGCAUAAGAGCUGAGUCUACGCACUGAACCUGCGGCUUGGGUCCAAACCUCAUGGAGUACUAAUGAUACCUUCUUCCUUCGCCGGGCAUUGGUGCGUAUUGCAAAUCGAUGGGAGGGCCUUUGCCCUGCUGCCGGUCCCUGUCCUUGGGUCUUCAGCGAGGACGAAGUCGCUGCUUACCAGCAUGAGAAAGAGACCAGAGGCUAUGUUAGCACUUUUUUGUCCUAUUUCCAAGAUAACUGGGGUGUGCCUGCAGAUGGAUGCGUAGAAGUUGAACGGUAUGAUGAAGUGCGAGCAGAAAUGAAGCGCAUGAGAGAUCAUUUUGUUAGCAGCGCGGAUGACGAAGAGGAGAGAGCCCUUGCUGAGAAGAUAUGGCCGUAUGAAGAUGGAGCGGACGCCUGAGUCUGGAUAUAUGUCGAGGCAUGUAGACGGAAUGAUUUCUUCCGAGUUCUCAAUGAGAUCAUGUAGAUAAUGUAGAUAUCGCCGGACCACGCUCGCACUGCAAGCGCAUCUGCAUCUGGGCCUGAGAUUUAACUAUCGGAUUUUCGAGAAAAAUUCGAGAAAUCGACUUCAAACAAGAAGUUGCCAUGAAGUCUCCACACGGGUCGACUAUUAAAUCCAGGUCAGCGCCCUUAACAUUGAUAUAUGUUCAGGAGCGACCCAAAAGAUGGAUCUUGCAAAAGCUCUCUCGCAGUUAUGCGACGUUCGGGGAGGUAGCAGAAAACCUUGAGCAUAAUAGACAAAACGAGGUCGCGUUCGGCUUGGUUAGUAUCAGGUCGCAUUCGUGCGAUUCUCGCCGCGAGAUCUCUUUCGACAUCAGGAGUCGUUGUACGCUCGUACCAAGCAUCAUCAACUUCCCCUGGGAACCAAAAUUUCCCCUUCCACUGGCCAGGCAUCGCUCCAAGCUGCUCGACCCAGCUAAUUGCCGUUGAACGACCACCGUUGCCGUAGAAGACGCCGUUGCCGAGAUAAAGAACGGCGAAGAGACACAUAUAACUCCACAUGUCGCUCGCAAGACUUGGAUCUGCCCCAUGGAGUCUCUCGGGGGCACAGAAGUGGUAAGGAGACUGCUCUUUGAUACGCACCGUGGUCCCGUCUUUAAUUGUGAGGCCAAAAUCCCCCAAGUAAAUUUUGGAACCCACCAAAUUCAAAGGGGUAGCAAUCUGUUGCACCAACUCACCUCGCUUCCACAGCGAGUCGCCCAGGGACACCUUCUUUGGGCGGCCGAGCAUUUGAUAUUUGGUUGCUGUGUCGUAACCAGCGAGGAGAGGAUUCAGGUCCCACAUCAGCGCGCCUUCGUUAAGGUCUUCAGGCUGAAUUAGCAUGUAAUCUUGGGACAAGGAGAAAGCAUUUCAUUACCGCGGUGCACCAAUCCAACAUCGUGAAGGCUCGCAAGAGCUAUAAGCAGCUGCUUCGCAGCCGAUACACGAGUAGCCACUGGUAAUUCUUUGACGCGGUAGCCCAGGCUCGGGCUGAGGAGGGGAAGCACUAAGACGCGAUACUGAUUGUCACCGUGACCGGGUAGCAAGAAUGAGCCUUGAUGUAUAACAAGGUGAGAAGUGUCGCCAACGGUCUGGAGAAUUUCGUUCUGUAUCUGGUACUCAUACUCCCCUUUCUG